AACUCUGUCUCUUAACAACCGACCUCAAACUGUUCGUACCCAAAAGAGUUUUGAUUGACAGGCACUCUGCGAGCCUCUAUAUAAAGAGGAGGGAGGCGAGUGCCUCAGUCACUGUUGCGCCUGAAGUCCUCCAGCCUGUGGAUGUAGUGCACCAAAGUGGACUUUACGGUUUUUACGCACGACGUUUACAGGAGAUACCACUUCUAAUUCCUUAAAUCACCGGCUCAAUUCAUCAAAUAAGUUCCUUUUCCACCCCGAUUACAACUUUUUUAAUUUUUUUAUUGUCGGAUAUCUGACUGAGUUUUUAAAAACUGCAUUCGUCAGGAGAUAUGAUACUCAGGAGAAGUCUCUUCUUGCUGCUCUUAUCAUUUAAUGUCCUCCACGCGUUACCUCAAGAUGGUGAGCAGGAGGAUGAGACAUCAUUUGACUUGUUUGAAAUCAGCCACAUCACACGCAAAACUCUGGGGGCCAAACAGUUCCGGGGCCAAAACUCGGAUGCCCCUGCUUACCGCUUCAUCCGCUUCGACCACCUGCCCCCUGUGAGCCCCCCCAUACUAAAACAAAUACUACGACAGAUCCAAAACAAUGAGGGCUUUGUGUUUGUGGCCAACAUACGCCAGGACCGCGCCUCACGGGGCACCCUGAUUGGUUUGGAGGGUCCUGAUGGCCAGCGGCAGUUUGAGAUUGUGUCCAACGGACGGGCCAACUCUCUGGACCUGGUAUACUGGGUGGACGGCUCCCAGAACGUGGUUUCAUUCGAGGAUGUGGACCUGUCUGACUCACAGUGGAAGAAUAUCACACUUCAUGUUCAUGGGGAAAAUGCAAACCUGUUUGUGGGCUGCAGCCUGAUAGACAGCUUCAUCCUGGAUGAGCCUUUCUAUGAGCACCUGCAGGCUGAAGGAAGCCGCAUGUAUGUUGCAAAGGGAUCCAUCCGGGAGAAUCAUUUCAGGGGUCUUCUGCAGAAUGUGCGUUUCAUCUUUGAGACCCCAGUGGAAGACAUCCUGCUGAGCAGAGACUGCGAGUUUGCUAAAACAGAUGAUGCGAAUGUUGUGAGCGAGAGCACAGAAAUUGUGGACGUGAGUCCCUCUAUCACUACAAACAUUAUAGGUCAGAAGACGGAUGAGACUGGCUCAGAUAUGUGCGAACGCUCCUGUGAGGAACUUAGCACCAUGUUCCAGGAGCUCAAAGGCCUACGUGUUGUUGUCAGUAACCUUAUUGAUGGCUUGCAAAAAGUGACAGAGGAGAACACAGUCAUGAAGGAGGCCCUUGGGAGGAUGAAAAACUCCACAGAGAAAAACAUGUGCUGGCAGGAUGGCCGCCUGUUUGACGAUAAGGAAGACUGGGUUGUGGACAGCUGCACCAAAUGUACCUGCCAGGAGUCAAAGAUUGUGUGUCACCAAAUCACAUGCCCCCCAGUGGCCUGUGCCAGCCCAACAUUCGUCGACGGCGAGUGCUGCCCCGUGUGUUUGCCUCGAGACCGCGAGGAUGGCUGGUCCCCCUGGUCAGAGUGGACAGAGUGCACAGUCACCUGCGGGACAGGAACUCAACAAAGGGGCCGGUCUUGUGAUGCAACCAGUAACCCUUGCCCCGGACCGUCUAUCCAGACCCGCAAGUGCAGCCUGGGCAAAUGCGAUAGCCGUGUUCGCCAAGACGGAGGGUGGAGUUUGUGGUCGCCUUGGUCGUCCUGCUCGGUGACCUGUGGAGAAGGACAGAUCACCAGAAUACGACACUGCAAUGCUCCCGUGCCACAGCUUGGGGGCAAAGACUGCGAGGGAAGUGGGAGAGAGACUCAGCGCUGCACUGCCAAACCAUGUCCCAUUGAUGGUGGUUGGGGUCCUUGGUCUCCAUGGGCAACCUGUUCAGCAACAUGUGGAGGGGGAGUCAAAAGUCGGAUGCGUGAGUGCAACAGCCCUCAACCUCAGCAUGGCGGCAAUAAGUGUAUCGGGGAGGCCAACGACAAUGACAGCUGCAACAAAAAAGACUGUCCUAUUGAUGGCUGUCUGUCUAACCCAUGCUUUGGUGGAGUGGAUUGCAACAGCUCUCCAGAUGGUUCCUGGGAGUGUGGCCCAUGCCCUGCUGGUUUCCGUGGAAAUGGUACCCACUGUGAAGACAUUAAUGAGUGUGACAUGGUGUCUGAUGUUUGCUACAAAGUAAGUGGAAUGCAACGCUGCGUCAACACCGAUCCAGGUUUCCACUGCCUGCCCUGUCCGAAGCGCUACAAGGGCACCCAGCCUUUCGGUAUGGGUGUGGAGGCGGCCAAGAAGAACAAACAGGUGUGCGAGCCAGAGAAUCCAUGCAAGGACAAGACCCACAACUGUCACAAAUAUGCCGAAUGCAUCUACAUCAGCCACUUCAGUGACCCCAUGUACAAGUGUGAGUGUAGGACCGGUUACGCUGGAGAUGGCUUCAUUUGUGGAGAAGACUCAGACUUGGAUGGCUGGCCCAAUCAGAACCUCGUGUGUGGUGCCAACGCCACUUAUCACUGCAAGAAGGAUAACUGCCCUAGCCUUCCCAACUCUGGACAAGAAGACUUUGACAAAGACGGUCAAGGAGAUGCUUGUGACAAGGAUGACGACAACGAUGGAAUUCUAGAUGAGAGGGACAACUGUCCCCUCCUUUACAAUCCUCGCCAGUUUGACUUUGACAAGGAUGAAGUUGGCGACCGCUGCGACAACUGUCCCUAUGAACACAACCCUGCUCAAAUAGACACCGACCACAAUGGAGAAGGGGAUGCUUGCGCAGUGGACAUUGAUGGCGAUGAAAUUCUGAAUGAAAGCGACAACUGCCCCUAUGUGUACAACACUGACCAGAAGGACACUGACAUGGAUGGAGUUGGUGACCAGUGUGACAACUGUCCAUUGCUGCACAACCCUGACCAGACCGAUGUAGACAAUGACCUGGUUGGAGACCAGUGUGACAAUAACCAGGACAUUGAUGAAGAUGGCCAUCAGAACAACCUGGACAAUUGUCCCUAUGUGGCCAAUGCCAACCAAGCUGACCAUGACAAGGAUGGCAAAGGAGACGCAUGUGACUAUGAUGAUGAUGAUGAUGGUAUACCUGAUGACAAGGACAACUGCAGACUGACACCCAAUGCAGACCAGCUGGACUCUGACGGCGAUGGAAGAGGGGAUGCCUGCAAAGAUGACUUUGACAACGACAAUAUUCCAGAUAUUCUUGAUGUGUGUCCGGAGAACAAUGCCAUCAGUGUCACAGACUUCAGAAAGUUCCAGAUGGUCCACUUGGAUCCUAAGGGAACCACUCAAAUUGAUCCCAACUGGGUGGUCAGACACCAGGGCAAAGAGCUGGUUCAGACUGCCAACUCUGACCCAGGCAUUGCAGUAGGUUUUGAUGAAUUCAAUGCUGUGGACUUCAGUGGGACGAUGUACGUGAACACGGACAGAGAUGAUGACUAUGCAGGCUUUGUGUUCGGCUACCAGUCAAGUGGGCGUUUUUAUGUAGUGAUGUGGAAGCAGAUCACACAGACUUACUGGGAGGACAAGCCUUCCAAGGCCUUUGGCAUUUCUGGCGUUUCACUCAAAGUCGUCAACUCGACCACUGGCACCGGAGAAAACCUCAGGAAUGCUUUGUGGCACACGGGCAACACUCCCGGACAGGUGCGUACUCUGUGGCAUGACCCCAAAAACAUUGGUUGGAAGGAUUACACAGCUUACAGGUGGCAUCUCAUCCACAGACCAAAGACUGGUUUUAUAAGAGUUGUGGUCUAUGAAGGUAAACAGAUCAUGGCCGACUCAGGGCCAGUUUAUGACAAGACGUUUGCCGGAGGAAGGCUAGGCUUGUUUGUCUUCUCGCAAGAGCUGGUGUUCUUCUCCGACCUCAAGUAUGAGUGCAGAGAUAAGCCGGAGUUUCCCACAGUGUUCACAAGAUAACUGAAUCAAGCCUGAUAGAAAAACAUCAGAAGGCAAAAGACAAGAAUCUCUCAAAGUAAACAUCAUGUCAUCGCUAAAUCCAUUUCAACGUAAAUGAGACUUUCCAUACUUUUCUGUGUUUUGCCUUGAUCCAUCCACUGGAGAGGAAACCAUGGCCGAUUUCAGUUUUCCUGUUGAUACGUUUCCCAAGCUGGGAAAGAAAAGUUGACGAGAGUGGACAAGUUUUAAAAAAGCCUCGGCAGAUUAUCUAAUUAUAACUAGUGUACCUAUGUCUACAUUUUAAAGGAUUCAUUGUACAACCACUUACAUGCUGUAUGUGCUUUCCUACAGUUUCUUACCUUCUACAACUUGUAAGUGACUCGGAUGUUCUCUAUCUUUGGCUCAUUCAUGGCUUCUGUUUUUCCCGAAAAACUCAAAAAAUCAUAAAGUGUCUGACAAACAUAAACUGUAACCAAAGCAUAAUCAUUUAGCUGUCUCAAGUCCAUUACUAUUUCUCCUCAUUAUUUUCAUCCUGAAUGUGUUUUCUUUUUCUUUUUUUACGGAGAACUUGAGUGAACAAUUUAAAUAAGCCAUUUUAGUAAGUGCCAAAGAUGUUUAUACUAAGUCUGUAUUAUAAUUCCUUUUGUAAAUUAUUUAUGCUCUGCUUGUUUUGUUUGUUUGCAUUUUUUGCUAGAGUUUGUAAAUAAUUAUUUAUUUGUUUACACUGACAAAACGCAUAAUUGAAUAUCACAAACGUCAAGAUAACACAUUAGUAUUGCAAGAUUUUUUUGUGUUGUUAUGCACUUCCUUGUUAGUUUUUCAAAUCUUUCAGAUAAACUGUAGUGUAAAGCUUUGGAGAGGAUAAACAUCAGCUGCUUUUAAGUAAUCACAUACAUAAACACUGCAUGCUGUGUUUAUAUAUGUGACAGUACCUGCCAAAGAAAGUUAAUUCUGGUAGUAUGUGUAUGUUAAAAAAAAAAGCCACUGUGUUUAUUUUCUUAGCUGUCCAGACAGGGCGUCAUUGUCCUCUAAGUGAUAUAACACUUUGGUACAUGUGGAACAUUUUUCAAUGCUCAUACUCUACGUCUUUAGGAGCUUAGAAAUCUCCAUCACCUAGAUUGGUUGCAAAUUGGGCUACUGGCACUGUAGCGACCACCCUUUUCUUACAUGAUGUUGAAACGCUUUUUAUGUGUAACACAAAGAAAAGAAACCAGAUCAAGGUAAUAACAUCAGCUUAAAAGGUAGUUAGAUAAAUAGAUCUUCAGUUUAAGUGGCAGUGGCCUAGUAAAUCAAGUGUACCAAGCAGUAAUUGACAUAUCACAUCAACAUCUGAGACAAAAACAUUGAAAAAAAUUUAUACAGAUUACGUUUUCAUUCAUAUGUUAGUCCUAAGUAUCACUUAUGGAUGUUGUGAAACGUUAUAGUGUUGGUUGAAAAGGAAUCCGGAUGACGGUGUCCAAAAACAAAGUAUGACUGUGUGACUGUAUAGUGUGGGAUCGAGGACAUGUUAGUGUACAACCUUGUUGUCAUUAGUCUGUAUAGCAUUCGUGUUCUUUCAUUUUUGGUUUCCAUCUUGUUCAUUUUGUUGAGAGUUUGCAAUGCACAAAAUGUAAAUUUUUUUUGUAUACUUGUGUUGUUAGAUAUACAUUUUCUACAAACAUUAGUGUAAGAUUGUUCUGUUUCAUAAAUAAAUCACUUGUACACCA